CCAUUUGUGCAAACUGCAAAACUGUCUUAAAGUGAUAGGAAACCCAAAAAUGAAAAUUCUGUCACAAUUUACUCACUUUCAUGUUGUUCUUAAACUGAAUGACUGUCUAUCUUCCUUUGAAUGCGAAAGGAUUCACUUUCAUUACAUGGAAAAAAGAUGCAAUAAAUGUGAAUCCUUUGGUGACUUAGGCUUUCGUUUUGGCUAACAUCCAUACAUAAGCUUAACAUUGACUUCUGUGUUUCACAGAAAAAAGAAAGCCAAAUAGAUAACAUGAGUAAAUCAUGAAAUAUUUUUUAUUAUGGGAUGAACAACCCCUUGAACUUUUAUUAUUAGCUUAAAUAAAUGUCAAGAAAGAGGUGCUCGAAUCACAGUUGAUAUUGCCUCCAGUGUGAGGUCUGUAGUAUUAAAGGAGUCAUGACAUGCCUUAUGCCUUUUUUAUUAUUUUAAAAUAUUCCUUGAGGUUCACUUAUAAUGUUAGUAGUAUUUUUUGUAAAACAUGGUCAUUUUCCACCCUCAUUCUGACCCUCUGUCAGAAACACACUGUUUUUGUGCUGCUUCUCCUUUAAGACUUGACAGUAAAUGCCCACUGUUAUGAUUGGCUCUCUGCUCUUGACUGACUUGCUCUCUACUUGCCAUCUGACUGCUCACCGCUGCUGGGAGGGGCUACGGAAGUGAUAAGGUAAAUUAGGUGUUGAUGUGUUGUUGUGGAGGCGGUCAGAUGCACAGUUUUACAACAGUGUGACAUCACAAUGUGGAAGAAUAGAGAAUUAAUCGUUUUGGCAGCUUGGUUUCAACAAAUGCUCUUUUUGUAGUGAGGAGGAAGUUUUGAGUUCUGAAGUGACCUCUCAUAUGUUAAAAGACCAAGGAAAUUUGUAUUCCUCAUGUCAUGACUCCUUUAAUGAAUCAUGUCAGGGACCCUUCUUUUGACAUCUAUUCUUGAUCAGGAAUGGGUAAAGUUCAUUUUUGCCUGAACUAUUCCUUUAAAAAGCCAUUAGAGUCUGCUCUCUGGGAGUCUUCCACAUUUACAGAAAGUAAUAAAAUCCACAAUAUGACCUUUACCAGUCUCUUUCAGAUUGCCUACAAAUUACAUUUUAUGGAUUACAGGGUUCUUCAGCUGACAACAGGACAUCUGCCUUUGCUGAGUGUGCUCUAUAUCAGUGAGAAUGAGAUUGUAGCUGUGGUAAGGAUCUCUUAUAGCUGUUACAGAAGAGGAAGACACAGUGCUGGGCAGUCUGCAUCAGAAGAGUAUCACAUGAGGCUUGAUGUCUGCAAACACACAAGCUUUUAAUCUUGUGUAUUUGAGCACUUCAGGCAACAUUUUUAACAAAUCCUACUGCAGUUUGCUAAAAUGUAUUUUGUUUCAAUCAAAGCCAACCAUGUAUUAUGUAGGGGUGAAGGCCAAAGUGGAGAAAUUCCACAGCAUAGGCUUAGAUGGUGUCAUGGCUGUUUGGGAUUUCAUGGUAGUGUUUUGUAAUUAAAAAACAAUGCUUUUGGAGAUCCAUAUUUGCUUUAACCACUCUGUAGAUGCUCUAAGAAAUCACCUCCAUGUAGGCCUACUAAUAAUCCCGUACUUUAUUAAAUGUUAAUAAAGUGUUUUCCUUUCUAGCACUGAAAAACCAUAGAAUCUGGGGAGAGGAGACAACAACCCUACAUUUUUCUUGACAAUGUUACUGCUUAUCUGUGACAGCAUUUGUUUUCCUGUUUGUUUUCUCUUUCUAUUUUUUAACCCUCGGUAUAACAAAGUUGUUUUUAAGUUGAUUAUAAUAAGAACUGUAUUGGGAUUUGUGAUCCCACAAUUGUGGUAGCCUAUGCAACAGCUUUUGCAGUAUCACCUGAAUGAUAGGGUAUAUUUCAAUCAAUUUCACUUCUAUAAACAAAAAUAAGUGAACAUUUGGUAGCAUACAAUUGUGAGCAAUAACAAUCAUAAUUGCACAUUUUGCUAUUCCAAAUGUGCUGCUAAUGCAUAUCCCCAACAGUUUUACAUUUAAUAAAACAAAGCAACAAAUAAAAAUACGUUUCCUUAAUAAAAACAUUUGGGUGAUUUCGUCUUAUUACGCUCUAUUUGUAUUAAAAACACUUGUUAUAACACCUCAUACACCCCACAAAACAACGUAUCGUUAAGGCGUUUCUUUGAGUGGCGCUUUCAUGCAAAUGUCUGAUAAAUAUUGCUUUUAGGAAGUAAAAGCUGUGAGCAAGUCUGUCAUAUCUAUUCGUGGAAAUUAUAUCUAAGCACUCCGUGUUAAAUUGUCUUUGCAUAACGUAAACCGCUACAUUUGCAAAGCAAAACCCCGCCCCUUUCUACUUACUUCCGUAUAUAAAGCCAAUCAGCGUCGGUCUCAGUUCUUUUGACCAAUCAGCGCUGUGCCGGACGACAACUAGGUAUGUGGCGUUCAUGUGACGCAACAACUAUCAGCUGGGUUUGUUUUGCUUCAUGUUGGCCGUUUCUGUCUGCUCCGCUUGAAGUCGUACAUUUAUGAAAAAACUCGCGUUUUGAUUCAUUAAUGUGAGGCAGGAGGAUCGUUGAAGUACCGGAGUAUAUUUGUCCUUCCACUUAAUUGGGACAUCCAGUUUUUCUUCAGUAGGACUUUCGGUUUGCCACUAUUUUUCCAAGAGGUCCAACCGAUCCCAGGCCCCCGAUCCAGGGCGGAGGGAGGGAAGGAGGUCGUUGGGAAUCGGGAUGGAGACCGGAGAGGGAGCGGACGGUCCUGGCGGCCCGCCGGGGCUCUGCUGCGCCUCUUUCAACCAAGACUCCACGUCAUUGGCUGUGGGCACCAAAACUGGAUACAGACUAUUCUCUGUGACCUCGAUGGACAAACUGGACUGCAUUCAUGAGAGCGAAACUCCAGACGUGUUCAUCGUGGAAAGGCUUUUCUCCAGCAGCCUGGUGGUGGUGGUGAGUCAGUCCAUGCCACGUCGCAUGAAUGUCUACCACUUCAAAAAGGGCACGGAGAUUUGCAACUACAGCUACUCGAACAACAUUCUUGCAGUGCGCCUGAACAGACAGAGACUUGUUGUUUGUCUUGAAGAAUCCAUCUAUAUUCACAAUAUAAAGGACAUGAAACUCCUGAAGACCCUUCUCAGCACACCAUCCAACCCAUCAGGUCUCUGUGCUCUCUCCAUCAACCACUCUAACUCUUUCCUGGCAUACCCAGGCAGUGACACCAUCGGAGAAAUUAUUGUCUACGAUGCCAACAAUCUGAGCACUGUGACCAUGAUUCCAGCCCACGACAGUCCACUGGCCGCCAUCACCUUCAGUGCCUCUGGCACCAAACUGGCUAGCGCUUCUGAAAGGGGCACUGUGAUUCGAGUGUUCUCCAUUCCAGAGGGACUGCGCUUGUUUGAGUUCCGGCGGGGCAUGAAAAGGUAUGUCAGCAUCAGCUCCCUUUCCUUCAGCCCGGAUGCUCAGUUCCUCUGUGCCUCAAGCAAUACAGAGACAGUGCACAUUUUCAAGCUGGAACAGCAUAGCCCAAGUGGGGAGGAGGAAACACCCUCUUGGUCAACAUAUGUAGGAAAGAUGUUCACAGCAGCCAGCAGUUACCUCCCAGCACAGGUGUCAGGCAUGAUGAGUCAAGACCGAGCCUUCGCUACCGUCCGUCUCCAGAUGGCUGGUCAGAAGAAUGUCUGUGCCCUGGCAACAAUCCAGAAGCUUCCACGGUUGCUUGUAGCCUCCUCUGACGGGCAGCUAUUUAUCUAUAACAUUGAUCCUCAGGAUGGGGGUGAGUGUACUUUGGUGCAGAAGCAUAGGUUAUUUGGAUCAGACGAGGAGCAGCAGGAGACGUCUGAACCUACAGAGCCACCACAACCAUGCCAGUCUUAUGCUGCCACUGUGGCCAUCCCCUCCUCUGGACCUGUUACUGCUACUCUCACAGGGUACUCAGAGGAUGGGGGAGCUAAGAAGGGUGAGGUGAUUCCUGAACACGAGUUUGCAGCAGGGCCUGUUUGCCUGGAUGACGAAACGGAAUUUCCUCCCAUAAAUUGGUGCCGUGAUGGAUCUGGGCGAGGCAAAGGGAGACGUCCGUGAGAGGGUAGAGGACAGGUGGAGGCAACAACUGUCACAGGAGGAUCCUCAGUGCAUGACCAAGGACAAACAAAGAAAUUAAACAAAAAACAAACAAACUAACUUCAGGGUGCUAAAUUAUAAACGGAACGGUUGAAAUGAUAUCAUGAUUUGUGUUGAUCAGGGAUUUGGGUCGUUGUCACUCAAUCCCCUGAAGGGUGUGUUAUACAUGAGGUGCAUGACUGAAAUAUAACCACAUAUAGUUAUAGUUACGUAAGACAAAUUGUAUUAAUUAAUUAAGUCGUAGUAAUGUAGCAGUUUAUUAUUUUAAUUUAUAACACCAUCAUAUUGAAUCAUAAGAGAAGAGGAAGAAUUACUUUUUUUACAUAUGUGUUUUUGCUGUAUUAAUGAUGUUUACAUGUUACCAUCUUCCUGAAUACUAAUACAGCGGGAUGUUUUGUAUGUAUGUGCCUAUGAUAUUACUUGUAAGAGUGCAAAGUAUUUUGCUGGAUUGCUCAAGACCAAAAGAUAUAAAAAAAGAAAUGAAUAUGUAGGAAAUAUAUUAGGAAUGAAAUUAUGCAUAGCAUCUCCUGGCUCCUGUGGUCUUUUCAAUAAACAUACUGAUUAUUUGCAGCAAAUGGAAAGCAUUUGUAAAG